AUGGUGAAUCGAGCCCAACUCACGAAGGACACCGAAAAAGAAUGCACACGCAUUACACGGAGUCAAGAAAAAUGUUGCUGUUUUCUGCUCCCAAACCUUUCGGUGGAUCACAAAAAAUUUGCAACCAGUGUGGAGGCAAGCGAACAGCUGGAGUGGAGAUUUUAGGGAAGAAAAUUCCUCCUGCUUCUGCUUGCCAAAGAGAGAAACAAUUUCCUGCGGCCCACGACGUACUUCACUUCAGCAAACGUCUUCAGUUGCCCCACAAUGAAACCGAUGUCCAACCAAGCAACCAUCAACUCCCUGGGAAUUCCCGUUCCAGAGAAAAAGAGACAAGCCCUCAACAAGGAUCACAUCUUUACGAAACACCAAAACAUGGAAAAAUACGACACCCUGCAUGUCCGGUCCAUUCAAUUAAAGGACAAUUUUUCACGCACGGACUUUCCGUCGCCUCGACCGAUUCUCAGACCAUCCACACUAAUUCAAUCACUGUCACUGAAGCCACCAUUGAUACAAAAAAGGUUGAUACUGUCGACACUUUAACAAACAUACCUUUUGACACUAAAAUCCCCCAAAAAGGACUUCUCCCAUCCACUCCUCUUAUGGCCACAGCUACGAAAUCAAACCACCCGCACAGACAGACUCAUUCGAAAUUCCAUCAUAAUGCACUGCAAAAGGUGUGUGUAUCUGUGCAUGCCACACAAGAAAACACCCCAUCUCAUUUGUACACAACAUCCAAAGGAAACGCAACAGGCACCAUCCCGAAAACUGUCCAAGCUUUCAAUACGACACUCAUGUCCACAAAACGUACCACAGCAUUUCCGCAGCGUGAAAUCAUACUCCAAAAUUCGCCACAUUCGCCGCGACAAAUAAAAACAAAAGAGGACUCGCAAGUAUCACCUCCUAUCGGAUUAUCAGACCCCCAGAAAUCCGAAACGCAAGCCACGCCCAUAAAUCCAUCCCAUACUUCAGUCGCUCAAGCAAAAUUAAACUCAUACAGCAGCAUGGUGUUAACUUGCCCUGUCAAGCCUAAUGUUAACUCAAAAGAAGCUACUAUUGCAUGUGGCACGCAUGAUCCGAAAUCUCUGGAUGCAAAUAAACAACCCGUGUCCUCAAAUUCCGAAUUAACACAUUGUGGGAAGGCAACAUUUCUAAAUGAAUCUUGUGCAACGCUUGAUUCUACACUGGGGAUGUCAGCUCCCGUCUCCAUAACUACUAAUUAUGCUUUGUACAGAAACACAGCCCUGAGGAGCUUUUCAAAUAUUCACCCUUCAUCUACUUUAAAAGUCAACCAAACCAACUCUCGCGUGUCACAUAAUUCUUCGCUUAAAACAAGUAAUAUGUCACACGAACACAACCAAUCAAUUAAUCAUAACACAUUUCCCCGUCCUGACGAGCCUUGCCAAACACAAACAACUGACAUCACAUCCGAGCCCACUUCUGCACCUGCUGUUCCGAAUCAGAAAAACAUCUCAAAAACAGCUCAAGCAUUGCUCGGGGCGUCAAAAGUCUCGAAACGCGAUCAUGUGUCAAUUGUGAGCCAAACCGUUCCAAACAGAACUGACAUUUCCAGCAAGCUGAACAGUGAAUUGCAUCCUGAUGAAAAGCUAUCGAGCGGUGAUCUAAUCAAUGAUUUACUCGGCAAUGGGUCAAAGCAACAUUCAGGAUGCGUAUCACGGGACGCAACCCCUCAAAGUAGCAUUUGCCCAAUUAAGUCCAACAGUUUGCGUCUGCGGGGUUGCAUAAAGGCAAAACAACAAACGGGUGAACAUUAUCAAGGAAGCACAGUAAUAGAACACAAGGGACAGUGUGUUACAUGCCCAACAGGAACAACAGCCCAGCAGAUGGAUUCAAAUACAGAAGAGUUUGCCUCGGGCGUCUCACCCAUGCAUGCAAACAGUCGGACUGACUCAAACGCAGAUAAACAGAAGCAUCCAAAUUAUCCGACAGCCUCAAAAGGGAAACGUGAGCCCAUUAUCUCCACACUGCCAAACAGAAAUGCGCAUUCUGAUCUCAAGCACACGCGGAGUCUUGAGUCAAACAAAUCAACGUUUCAACAAUCUCUCAAAGGGCCAAAUUUGUCUUUAAUUGCACCAGCGCUACGCUGCAGUGAGGGAGAACUUUGCACGCAUUGCAAUUCCGCAUCCCUCCGACGCCUGGGGUCCAGCGAGGCUGAGGCAAUCGUCAGCCGGGAUUCCAAACGCGCCCCGAAGCGGGACACAGCGGACCUCGUCCUGGCCCAUUCCCACCCGAGUGAAGCAGCCCAGUUUCUGCUUUCUUCCCCUCAGUGCGGUAAAUCAGCAACCAUGCAACAUCGGCUUGAAAGUGUGGAGGCCAGUCUGGCAGCCAACAAGGACAGAAUCACGACUCUGCUGAACAUCAUCCAUGACCUGGAGGCCAGCCACACUCCUGCCCCCGGUCAGCAGUACAACAAAACAGGACAGGACCUCAAAAACUGUUCCACUUGCCAAAAGACGGCUUGCAUUGUUUACAGCGUGGAGUAUGACUUCAGGCAGCAGGAAAGGUGCUUCUUGGAGGUUCUUAAUCUACACUUAACAAGAAGAAAUACUGCCAACCGUGUUUACCGAUCUCGUGCGCUGAACUUCAGCCUGCUCAGAAAAGCCGUGAAGAAUGUGAAGAAGUCAAAGAAAAAAAGCGAAAAGCUCUACAAAGUUCUGUUAAAGUGGCUGCCCAGGAAAAUGGAGCAAGUUUAGAACGCCAAACCCAAAGACUUUUUUUCAUGGACACAAGACGUGCUAAUUGAAAGUGAAAUCAUCUUUGACCCUUUAUUCCUCUAAGAUGGAGUUUGUUUUUGAGUGUCAUGAUUUUCAUUUGCAUAUACAGUAUAUUUUUGUUGAAAGCACAUAUUAAGUGUAUUUGAUUGACAGUCGACACCUGAGCGGGGCGUGGUUUCAGCACAUCCAGUGAACAUGCCCAUAGCGUUCGAGAGCAUGAACAAAAAUUGCCUCAUUUUAUAGACUUGCCGCUGCCCGUUUGAGUCGCAGACGCGACUAAUGAGUCAUUUUGACGUCGGGGAACAACUGGCAGUGUUCCCUGGAGACGACGAAGGACAGAGGAAGGCAAAGACGGGCAGUUGGGGUUUAUUGUCACUCCUCCUCCCGGGGUCAAGUGUCCUCUAGCGGGGGCUUUGGAGGAGCGCUAAUCCACAAGAGAUGUGAGAGAUCAGCUUCUCUGGGAUGAAAAUGUGAUAUGACGGGCCACAAAAGAAGAGACACAAUGGUGGAAUUUUUCAGACGGAGAAAGUGAUCGCCUUCGGCCUUUGUGGUAGACUUUGAACUUGUUUGAUUUUAUGGGCUGUAUGAAGAAUGCAAUCAGAAAUAUAUUCAUCCAUUCAUUUUAUCAUUCGUGUUUGUAUUGCUGCACCGUGCACUUGUUUGUGAUAUAUGGGUUAUAGUAGUAAAAUAUUCAAUUUUUGGGGUUGAGCAUGUACAUUGCGCAUAGUUAGCUGGGAAAAGACCCAGCUCCCGAAUGGAUGAAUGGAUGGAUUUAUUAGAUGUGUUUGAUGAAAUUAAUACCUCAAUCAAUAGUCAAUAUUGAUAAAUUCAGCACCUUGUUUUUGAUUUCAUUUGAUUAUGCGCUGAGAAAAAAAUGUGCGUGUGGAAUUUGUUCAACUUGAUUUGGUCAAGUG